AUGUCGUCCUACGCCGAUAUCGCAGCCGAAAAUGCUCCUCCCAAGUCGCAGCAACCCAAGCCAGACCAGGGCUACCUCGAAGAUCAAUCCGGUUCUGACGACGUCAAUCGUUCCGCUCUCGACGUCAACUCGGGCAAGGUAAACGUAGUCCCCUCCGAUUCCGACCUUGAACAUCUCAAGACCCAAUCGCAAGAAGUUUACGACGAAGCCGCCUCCAAAGCUCGUGCUCAGCGUAGCCAGCUCGAGUCCGACGCUAAGAAGGCUAGCGACUCUGCCAAGAAGACCACUAACAAUGCUGCUCAGGCUGGUAAGGAUGCUGCUGACGACGCAGCCAAGACUGGUCAGGAUCUAGCUGAUGAUGCUAAGAAGGCUGGUAAGGAUGCUGCCAGUGACGCUAAGAAAGCUGGUCAAGACUUUGCCAAUGAUGCCAGCAAGAAGGGUCGACAGGUUGCCGAUGAGGCCGAGAAGAAGGGCAAGCAGUUUGCUGACCAGGCUGAGAAAUUUGGAAAGGAUGCAAAGACUGAAGCUGAAAAGUUCGGAAAGAAUGCUCGUGCUGAGGCUGAAAAGGCCGGCCAAAAGGCAAGCGAGUAUUUGGACAAGGGAAAGAAGGAGUUCUCCAAAGACGCAGAAGUGUUGAGGAAGAAAGGUGAAGAAGGAGCCAAAAAGUUGCGCAACAAGGCAGGUGAAGCGGAGAAGGAACUUGAAAGCUUCUGGGGCUCGUUCUCGCGUGAUCCUAAGCAGUGGGGUCCUGCACUUGCCGCUGUUAAUGUUGCAUUGCUCGGUGGUUUGGGUAUCUACGCUUACACCCACAAGGAGGAGGUCAGACGCACUGAUCGUCGCUCGAUUAGCGCUAUCACCGUUGGUGUUUUGAGCUUGUUGGGUGUUCAGGGUUACUGGGCUAACGAGACCGCUAAGAAGCAGAACAGCAGCUUCCUCUAA